CGAUUUCCUUGCAACCACCCGUCGGUGGACUCAUGGUUCGUUUCUUCAGGCAUCAUCAUCUUCAUCCUCAUCCCGGCGAAAGAUACAACAAUGAUAAGGGCUUGGACUCCCGCUGCCUCAUGCGCUCCUCCAACACCAAGUACUGUUACUUCAAAGUCCAAGCCCAUUGCAAAGGCACCUCCACCCGUUCCUUUAAGCAGGCGCCACGGCCUUUCCGUCGGUCUCACGGCUCUCACCCUCUCCGUCCUUGCGAAUCCUUCCAGGGCUGCCAUCUUGGAGGCGGACGACGAUGAGGAGCUCCUGGAGAGGGUGAAGAAGGACAGAAAGAAGAGGCUCCAAAGGCAAGGCGUCAUCAGCUCCUCCGAUAAGGAAACAGGUUAUCUGCAAGAGCUUAUCUACAAGCUCAGCAAAGUGGGCCAAGCUAUUGAGAAUAAUAAUCUCUCUGCAGCAAGUUCUGUUUUAGGCCCAAGUGCCAAUGCUGAUUGGUUACAAAAUGUCAAUACAGCUUUCACAAAGCUAAGCUCUAGUCCUGAAGAGAAAAUUGAGGUGGACACAUUCAAUUCCUCAUUGGCAUCUUUAUUUUCAUCAGUUGGCAAGCGUGACAUCGAAUCAUCCAAACUGGCUUUUGUAUCAUCAGCUACUGCAUUGGAGAAGUGGAUAGGCUUGACUGGCUUAGUUGGUCAGCUUAAAGGUCUCUGACACAAAGUUGGAGCCUUGUCAGCACAGUGCAGUAACAGUUUUUUUCCUCAGGUGGAUUUGAGUUCUGUAUGGCAUCCUGUUGUUUAUAUCUUGCUUUUAGGUGCUUUAGGUUUCUACUAUUACUAAAUUUUUCACAGUGGUAAAUUCAUCAAUCCUAUCCCUUUUUUGGUAGUAGUUGAGAACAGCUCAUUGAAAUGCAGUUAAUUAAAACCAACGACAUAGAUGGGCAUCACCUACUCUCCUGACCUCACUCUCGCGGUGGGGUGGUAAUUGUUGGUUGUCAUGUAUGAUCGCCCAAGCUUGUAAACCGUUAAUGUUUUCUGGAGAAUCCAGGGAUGCGAAUCCAUAGCAUGCCUUUCAUUUCAUAAAACUUACCAAGUUUGAGAAUAGCAAGACUUAUUAUAUAUGUUAUUUGCUGUAGCACUUCUUUUUA